GUUCCCCCACACCACCAAAGCCCACCAAGCCUCAAACGCCCAAGUUGGAGCAGUAGCAAAGAGCCGGAGCCCUCCAGCCGUCCGAUCGUCCGACACAGACAGAUCCGAUGGCCCUCGCUCUCUCCGGCUCCGCUGCUGCCCGCGCGCUCGCCCAGCGGCUGGCCCCGGCCACCGCCAGGGGCUACGCGGCGGCGGCCUCCUCCGGGGCGAUGAGGCGCGGCGCUGCGGCGGCCGCGGACGGGAAGGCGGCCAGGGAGGCCGAGAAGGCCGUGGCCGACGCCUCGUGGGUGCCUGACCCCGUCACCGGCCACUACCGUCCCGCCAACCGUGCCGCCGGCGCCGACCCCGCUGACCUCCGCGCCGCGCACCUCGGACAGACCUACGCACGGGCUUGAAGCACCGCUCGACGACCCUCCUGGUCUCGCCGUGGAAGGAAAACUGUUAUGCUACGUAACGAGGGAAGGCAUUCCGGGGCUCGUUCGCGGAGCGCCGCGCGCGGCUGCGCGGCUUCACGACGCAUCUCAUCAUCAUCGAUCCUAUACUACGGGGGAGAUGCGGCCUGGAUGUUCGGCUGUUUCCCAUUGUGUGUGUGCGUGUCUGCGUUCGUCUGCCGUGCUAUAGUGUUGGUGUGCUCAGAUCAGAUGUACUGUAUUUCUCGUAGAGCAGGGCUUGUACCUUUUACUUUUACAGCUAAGUAUUAAUAACGAAAGAAUCCAGCGUUUUCUUUUUCUAA